ACGGGUUAAUUGAAACAGUGAAGCUGCGAAUUACGUUCCGCGCAUUUUGUACGAAUUAAAAAGAAACAGACAUAUAGAACAUGUGUGUGAGAUAACCAUACACCCGUAAAACUAGGCACAUCUAUUUCUCAGUUGUCUGUUGUGUGUGUCACCAAAAGCACAUAAUGAAAAGGGAAACAGUAAAUUUAAUUGUAGUUGUUUUUGGUUACUGACGAAUCUGUGAUAAUUGAUAAAUUCUAAACAAUAUAACCAGUAGCUGUAAUUACCCCCAAGUCGGUAUCAAACGAAUUUCUAAGCCUUUUAGUUACGUCAAAUUUCCUAUCAUAGUUGGCUAAUGUAAUAUGGCCGCCUGAAAUACGACAGCAUUUCAUGUCUUUUGUUGUGUGAAUUUGGUGUCUGUUGAGGAAUGGAGCUUCGAGUCGGUAACAAAUAUAGGCUAGGCCGUAAAAUAGGCUCUGGAUCUUUUGGAGAUAUAUAUUUAGGUACCAAUAUUUCUACUGGUGAAGAAGUUGCGAUUAAGUUAGAAUGUAUCAAAACCAGGCACCCCCAGUUACAUAUAGAAUCGAAGUUUUACAAAAUGAUGCAGGGUGGAGUGGGGAUUCCACAAAUAAAGUGGUGUGGUUCCGAAGGUGAUUACAAUGUAAUGGUUAUGGAGUUGCUUGGACCAUCAUUAGAAGAUCUUUUUAAUUUUUGUUCUCGCCGUUUUUCUUUAAAAACAGUUCUUUUACUGGCUGACCAAUUAAUAUCUCGUACAGAUUUUAUCCACUCCAGGAAUUUUAUUCACAGAGAUAUAAAACCUGAUAAUUUUUUAAUGGGUCUCGGUAAAAAGGGUAAUCUAGUUUAUAUAAUUGACUUUGGAUUGGCAAAGAAGUACAGAGAUGGCAGGUCACACCAGCAUAUACCAUAUAGGGAAAAUAAAAAUUUAACAGGGACGGCGAGAUAUGCAAGUAUAAACACACACUUAGGAAUAGAACAAUCAAGAAGAGAUGAUUUAGAAUCAUUAGGUUAUGUUUUAAUGUAUUUUAAUAAAGGGUCUUUACCGUGGCAAGGUUUAAAAGCUGCAACAAAACGACAAAAGUAUGAAAGAAUCUCGGAGAAGAAAAUGUCGACACCAAUAGAAGAGUUGUGUAAAGGUUUUCCAAUGGAGUUUCCGACCUAUUUGAAUUAUUGUCGACAAUUGAGGUUCGAAGAACGGCCUGAUUAUAGUUAUUUAAGACAACUCUUCCGUUCCCUCUUCCAUCGCCAAGGGUUUACGUAUGACUACGUAUUUGACUGGAAUAUGCUCAAAUUUGGAGGCUCUAGAGGAAGUCAUUGUGAGGAAAAUACUGGCCGUUCAGGAACACGAUAUGGAAGUCACGCGGCCACACCGGGUGAUUCAACCCCGACGGCGCCUCAGACACGAACAAGGAGACCCCACGACAGAAUGGAUAUCGUGCCUGCGAACACCACUGCUCCAAACCCUUUAGAAGAUGUAAUCAGUAGCAAUUCUCCACGGUUAUAUGACAGCCACGAAAGGAGAGUUUCGAUGAGACUGCGUGCUGGUCAAGGAGCCCCAAAUGCUUCCACAUCAGACUUAAGUAAUUCAAAACAAGCAAACGCCUCCGGAGUAGCAAUGGCGCCCCCCAACCAGACGGCGGGCCAAGCAGGCCCGCCUAGAAGAGGAAGCGCAUCGAAAGAUCCACCAACAAGACUCAAAAAGUGAAAUCAAUGUAAACCAACAGUGAUAUGUUAAAACGGAUUGGUCUUGUGAUUUUGUUAAGUUUCGUGUAACCUUGGGUUUUUAUUAUUCUGUUACGUGCAAUGGAAUUACUAAGUAUCUGUUCAGCUCUUGUGAUACUUUUUUACGUUUUCCAUCUAUAUAAUAGGAGUCGAUGGAAUUGAUGUUAUGUUCACUGGAUGAAUAGUUGAAUUUUCUUUCCUAUGUUAAUUCCAUUGUGAGGUUUUUGUAAUGUGGUAGUAACAAAACGACUAGACGCUAAAUUCAAGAGAACUUACCUGAAGACAAAUUAAAACGAAUCUGUUCUAUUAACGGGACUUUGUACAUAUCUAGACUGAUCAACUAUUGUGUAUUUUGUUGUAUAAUAGCGUAAGUGUUUAGUUUUUCUUUUGUGACAAUUUUUAUAUAAGGAAAAAUAUGCCAAUGGAAAAACAUCAUAUUGACUUAAUGUUUACAUUGGAUGCAUUGAUUAACUGGUCUAUUUACCAUUUUGUAAAAAAAAGUAAACCUUGAAAAAUAUUCUUAAAUCAGUUUGUCUUCUUUUUUGUAAAUUUGUGCUUUUGAAUGAUUAUGAUUUUGUAAAGUUAAAUUGCUGUUGGGUCAGAGCGUGAUGAUUUGUUUUGUAUUGUUCUUCAAAGAGUGGUAAUGUUCCGUUCAUGCUGCACGAUUGUGCCGAUGUUCAGUGUACGUGUGAACUUGUUGCAGUAUGUUUAUCUUUAGACAUGUGUUCUUUUUGACUGCAUUUGAAAAUUUUGUUCCUAUGGAAAUACUUCUUAUAAUUUAUAUAAUCGAUGCGCGAAGGGAAGAACAAUUGUUCACAAGGACUUGUAAUUCUAGUAAUUUAAUGUAAUUUUGAUACAAUUAAAAUUAAACUCAACUUAGGUUUUUUUAAUUCAUUUAAUAAUUGUGCUAGCAUAUGCAUAUGCAUAUAUUUUGUAAAUAAAAGGUGGUCUUAAGUGUUGUACAUUAUAAAUGAAAAUAACCUCAGAAUAGUGCAUUAUUUUGUAAAUUUUGCUGGAUGAAAAAAGUUGAUAUUAAUAUUUAAGUACUUAGUCACUUGGAAAUUUCUAACUGUCUAAAAGUGAAACCACAGUUGUAUAUUACUGUUUUAGCAAUUAUAUUACCACAGCAGAGUGUUACAUGUUAUUUUAUUCGAAUGUCAAAAAAAAAAAACAAAUCAACAUAUUUUUUAUUUGCUGCACUAUGUAUGUUAAUUACGAAAUAAAAGUCAUUAAAGUUGAUUUAAUUACCGAAA